AAUAACUCUUUGUUUUUGUUAUGGGCUUCCUGUAAAUUAAGAGAUAUUUUGAAAUACAUCUUUACAUAUGACACACAAGACGUAGUUAUGUUACAAUACAUAGAAUAUCAAAUAAGUUGAUUCCAUGAUAAUUAUAAUGAGGAUGCUUCAACUUCAGAUACUUUUUAUACUUUUUCUGAAUUUUACAAGUGUUAUAUGUGUGUUUCACUACUGUCAAAAUGGUAACACACAGACAAUACAUAACGAGACUAGUGGUACUAUCAGAACAAUCCUUUCUGGUAAAAAUUUCUAUGACGACAACUUGAACUGUGGUUGGUUGAUUGAUGGAGGCGUGGGUAAACUGAUUCAGCUGUCAAUCACACAUGUCAAUCUACAAUUAGCACCAUCCUACUCCUCAUGUGGGACAUAUGAUCAUCUCUCUAUAAUGGAUGGUGAUGCUACAGUAACUGAAGCCAUAACAUCAAUAUGUGGACACAGGAAUCCAUAUGAAGUACUCAGCUCAGGACGCUAUCUCUAUCUCAAAUUCUACUCAAAUGACAAAAACUUCUAUGAUCAUUCUGGAAUCACAGUUAAUUUCCAAGUUUUCAAUGAAAAUGAGUGUCCCCCUGACUGGACAAACCUGACCACUACUGACCAGUGUUUUAGAAUAAGACAGUCUCCUGCAGCCGGAGUAGACUGGAACUCUGCCUACGAUAACUGUAUGUUUAGCCAGGCCAACUUAGCUAUCAUAAAUCACCAUCAAGUCUUUGAUCAAUUAAGAGCUCAUGCACAAAAUGUAUCUGUGGGAUCUGCAUGGAUUGGACUUACUGAUAUUGAAACAGAAGGAAAAUUUAAAUGGUUAGACAACACUUAUUUAGCUAGUUGGAUAAGAACUGAGGGUAACAAUGGUGAUAGUGACUGUGGAAUAUUUAAUUUUAAUACUCAAAAAUUUCAAUUUAAAGAAUGUGAAAGAGACAAACACUUAGCAGUUUGUCAGAGAAAUAAAGUGAACAAAACAAGUAUAUUUUCAAUACCAGUAGAGAAGGAAAAAGAAAAGAAAGUGGAGCAUUUUAAUAUAAGAGUAAUCCUGAUUAUUGUGGGUAUUGUGCUAGCCAUUAUUAUUGUCGUCUCUAUCAUUAUGUGUAAGAGAAAGAGGAAGCAUAGAUAUAAUCAGGCACAUGGCUCAGUAGAAAUGGAUUCUGUACAUGACGAGGAAGAGACACCUAGACUAGUCUCUACAAACUAUACAGAACGUCCAGAGAUGAACAAUAAAACAUCUCUACCAGAAGGCACCAUUCAGCCCUCAGCUCCUCCAUCUUAUGAACAUGUGAUGGGCGGCCAUGCUUGAUCAUGACAAUGUGUUAUUUAUUGUUAAUGGUGCUAUCCUAGAAAACAUCUCAAAUAGCGAUAUAUCACCAAACCACAGGUCUAUAGAAACUUGAUCUAGGACUUUAUUGUUGAUUCUGCUAUCCUAGAAAACAACAUCCCAAAUAUAUCACAAAAGGGCAGAUUUAUAAUGAAUCAGAAAAUCCAUCCUAAAUAUAUCACCAAACUACAGGUCUAAAGAAACUGGAUCUAGAUGAUGACCAUAUGUCCUUUAUAGUCUGUUAUUGUUAAUUAGUGCCUAUGUUCGUUAUAAAGCUGUCUUUAAGAUCACAAGAAAUCCAUCCUAAAUAUAUCACCAAGAGAAGGCCUAUGGAAGCUUAUACAUGUAUUACUUAAACCUUCAUACGGCCAAACAAAAUAUACUUGUGAACAUGCUGAAAUUGUAUGUUGAAAUUUUACCUAACACCUAUCUGUUACUGUAUACUUCAUUCUACCAAAAUUGUACAGAUUUUUCUUGAGGACAAGAAGUUCUGCACCAGCUGUUAUUGUUUGCUCCGAUAUAUUUUUGUGCAGUCUUUUUCCAAAUCAUGCACUUUACCAUUUAUGUGUAUAUUAUUUGGAGACUGCAGACAACAUUUUGAACAUAUUAAACUCCAUUCUUAAGGUUAAUUAUAGUAUAACCAAUCGCCGUAUUUGAAUAUAAAAAAUAAGACAACGCGUGACCGAAUGACGCAUGGAUAAAACGAGUGUGCAGCAGGAGUUUAAUCCAUACAAUUCGGUCACAAGUUGUCGUAUUUUUUAUAUUCAAAUACGGCGAUUAGUUAUACUUUUUAUUACAUUGGCUAAUGGCUUUUUUUUUAUGAAAUUAAAUUUAUUAAUGUAGAAAAUGUAAGGAACUAUAUGUUUUUCCUACACAUUCACAAUUUGUUUUGAUCCAACGUUAUUGGCGUCUUGACAACGCCUAUUGUUGUAUGACGUCAGAGAGUGAAAUAACCACAUUUAUUUCACAUGUGAAAUUAUCGUUUUUUAUCUAACUGGUAAAUCAAUUAAAUUUAUUGCAACCAAUGUAAUAAUUAAUAUAAUGCUCAAUAUUACACACCUCAUUGCUCAAUAGUCUAGUGAAUAGUAAUCUAUUUAUAGACUAUAGAAUUAUGUUUUUUGUAUAUUAGAUAUUUCAUUAUAGUACAAAAAUUAAUAAUAGUUGACAAAAGCAUAUUUGGACAUCUCUCUGCAUCCACACACCCUUUCCAAACAUAAAAAGCUUGUGGAUUCAUUAUUUUACUGGGUGGUAAUUUCAAAAAACUCUGAGAUAACUGAAAACAAAAUAAUUUUUAUUUAUUAUUAGUAGUUGUAACCAAGGAUUGUAAUUUAUGUGAUUUUGAGAUAAGUUAAGAAUUGAUAUGAGAUCCUAAAAAUAAUUAGAAUGAAACUGAGGUUACAUUCCUUGUUUUCAAACGAUAGUUUGAAAUUUUUUGACAACUUUAAUCAUUUUCAUAAACUAAUAUCUUUUUAAAUAAAACAGUCAAAUUGUGUUUGAAUAAAAGUGCUUACAAAUUUAUAUUUCAGCAAUUAUCUCCCUUGUAACUUAAUUGUCUCCCAUUAAAAACUGAAUAAUUUUAAAGUAGUUAAUAUUGUUGGUUUAUAAUUUUGAGAUAUUUAUAUGUGCAAUAGAUGUGUUUAUGAUAGAAAUAUAACUUGAUGAGUGGAAAGAUUUUAUUUAUUGUUGACAAUUCUUGGCAUUUAUUGAAACUUGUAUUGAAUUUGUACAUGUAUAUUUGUUAUUGUUUUGUAAUUUUCCACCUCAUACCUCAGUUUUGUAAUAAAGACAGUUUUAUAUGAUGUUUAUAUUGUAUGUUUGUAUUUUUUCUGUGAAUAGUGAGUUAUUCCUUUACAUAUCAACAUAUCCAUUAUUGCAUUAGGCCCAACCUUAUUAAAUGUGAUUACAAUAAGGCAUUUUCUCAAGUUUGAUGCUUCUGCAAGUAAUAUUUAUA